AAAAAAAUAAAAUAAAUAUAUUUUCUCUCUCUACAUUCGCUCCCUCCGGCAUCCGAUCCAGAUUACCAGAGAAUUCAAUCAUCAAUUCAACACGAAGAAGUGGUGUUGAAAAUCACAAGUUUUUUUUUUUAGAGAGAGAAAACGAGGCGACGCCGAGAAUUUCGACUGAUGAUUUAGCUGAUGCGUUUAAUCGCAAUUUUUUUUAGAGAGAGAAGUUAUUGUAGAUGCAGGAAUCGGAGAAGGCAAUCGGAAUCGGUAGGGUUAGUGAUUGAUUUGAUUGGAUUGGAUUUGGUUUCUUCGGGAAUAGGAAUUUUGCAAUGCGGUUGAAUUGACCGCUCGGCGGUGGGUGGGGGAAAUCAGGAUCGUCGGAUUAGCUGCGGUGGCGGAUCUGAUGGUGAAGAGUUCAUUGUCAAAUUCAAGGAAUUUAUCAGGGCGGUUAUAUUCGAAGAGUGUUGUUAGCAUUGGCGGUGGAGGCGGGUGGUGCCAGCGGUGGUUUGUCGGUGGUAGGAGGAGGAAAGAGGAGAAUAGUGGCGGAGGUGGAGGAAGAUGCAGCUGCACUUCUCACCUAGCAUGAGAAGUAUAACAAUAUCUUCGAGCAGCAGCGGAGGAAAUGUAAAUGGAGGAUGCGGGGAUUUGAUGAAGAUCAAGGUCGCAGCUCGCCACUUCUCGUAUCGCACGCUCUUCCACACCAUUCUCAUACUUGCUUUUUUGUUGCCGUUUGUUUUCAUUCUCACCGCACUCGUCACACUCGAAGGUGUCAACAAGUGCUCCUCGUUCGAUUGUUUAGGGCGAAGAUUGGGGCCCAAGCUUCUUGGUAGAACUGAUGAUUCUGGGAGGCUGGUCAAGGACUUUGUUAAAAUCCUGAAUCAAGUGAAUUCCGAGGAAGUCCCCGAUAGUUUAAAGCUUCCAGAAUCUUUUAGUCAACUUGUUUCCGAAAUGAAAAGCAACAAGUACAAUUCCAAGGAGUUUGCUUUGAUUUUUAAAGGAAUGAUGGAGAGGUCCGAAAGGGAGAUCAGGGCAUCCAAGCUUGCUGAGCUGAUGAGUAAACAUUUUGCAGCUAGUGCAAUUCCCAAGGCCAUUCACUGUCUUUCAUUGAGGCUCACCGAUGAAUAUUCUUCCAAUGCACAUGCACGCAGGCAGUUACCAUCUCCGGAGUUGCUCCCCUUGCUUUCAGACAACUCCCACCACCACUUUGUGUUGUCAACUGACAACAUUCUUGCUGCUGCAGUUGUUGUAGCAUCUGCUGUCCAGUCAUCUCUAAACCCUGAAAAGAUUAUUUUCCAUGUCAUAACCGACAAGAAAACUUAUGCAGGCAUGCAUUCGUGGUUUGCCUUAAAUCCCAUGUACCCUGCUAUAGUUGAAGUGAAAGGUAUUCAUCAGUUCGAUUGGUUAACGAGAGAAAAUGUCCCAGUUCUUGAAGCUGUCGAGAACCACUACGGGAUACGUAAUUACUACCACGGAAAUCACAUUGCUGGAGCCAAUCUUACUGAUACGACUCUCCGAGCAUUUGCCUCGAAAUUGCAGGCUAGAAGUCCAAAGUAUAUAUCAUUGCUCAACCAUCUUCGGAUAUAUCUUCCCGAGCUAUUUCCAAACCUUGACAAGCUGGUAUUCGUGGACGACGACGUCGUGAUUCAACGCGAUUUGUCUCCUCUCUGGGACAUUGACCUUAAUGGAAAAAUUAACGGAGCAGUCGAAACUUGCAAAGGCGUAGAUGAUUGGGUCAUGUCCAAAAGGCUUAGGAACUAUUUCAACUUCUCUCAUCCACUAAUAUCAAAUAAUCUGGAUCCAGAUGAAUGUGCAUGGGCAUACGGAAUGAAUAUCUUCGAUUUACGUGCAUGGAGAAAAACAAAUAUUCGAGACACUUACCACUCCUGGCUUAAAGAGAAUUUGAAGUCAAAUAUGACGUUAUGGAAACUCGGAACACUUCCUCCUGCAUUGAUUGCAUUCAAAGGGUACGUACACCCAAUCGACCCCUCGUGGCACAUGCUUGGACUGGGCUAUCAGAAUAAGACCGAUGUAGAGUCUGUGAAAAAGGCGGCGGUGAUUCACUACAACGGCCCAUCAAAACCAUGGCUCGAGAUUGGUUUUGAGCAUCUCCGCCCGUUUUGGACCAAGUACGUUAACUACUCCAAUGAUUUCAUUAGGAACUGCCACGUGUUGGAGUAGUAUUAGUUAAUCAACCAACACACCACACACCAUAAUGAAAUGAUGGGACAAAAAAAAGGAUUGCAAAAAUAAAUAAAAUUAUAUAUAUAUAUUUAUAUACAUAUUAAUCGGUAUAUCCCAAUCUUGGAUUACGUUGUCCCUCGUUUCUUGAAGAAGAAAACCUUUUAUUGGGCAUGUGGAGUCAUUUUUUUCAGCCUGUAAAAUAGCAGUUGGUACCAAAAAAAAAAAAAAAAAGACACUAUAUUUUGACCUUAUUCUUAGAGCUUCGAAAAAGGAAAACAAACGUUAUACGAGCUUUUCGAUGAAGCGCAUCUUAUCGUUGAACCGAGAGAAAAGACCUAACGAAGGUCGUCUCUCUGUAAGGCUUCCCACUCUCGGCCCCAUUGGCUAUAAAAAAUAUUCUUUUUUUUUCCUUUAUUUUGUUUCCCAUUUUCUGUUGAAAUUUUUGUAAUCCCACCAUUUUUAUUUUUUCGUUAUGUUUUUUUAAUGGCUAUUGUCGUCGAUAGGUUAUCGAGGUUGUUGUUGUUGUCGUUAUUAUUACAGGAAAACCUUGUUGAGUUAGAAAACAACAUAGGUUUUACUUGUUGAGUACCUCUUAUUGUAUAAUUUGUUCUACACAUUUUAGAUUGUGCAGAUUAUUAUUCUUUCAUAAAAUCUUAUAUCAUAUCUGUUUCUUUUGA